AUGGCUCUGUUCAAGCCGCCUUCCAGACGUAAGUCACAUCCGACCGCGUGGACGGGUUCAUCCAUUUUCUACCUCGGAAAUGAAGAUCAAAUGGUUCAGCCCAUAUCUGUUGUGAAAAUUGGUGUUACUGCAUACAACUUUCAAGUAUGUCGUGUCAUCAACGUCGCCGUCAUCUCAUUCCACGUAUACGGUUCGGACUCAGUCAACCUUGUCAGCCAGCUGCAGUCUUUUGCAGCGAGACAAAGAGGGUACAAAUACAUUAUGUUCCGUCUAAGCAACAUCCUCGCUAAGCCAUUUGACCUGGCUACGCUAUCUGUCUCAAUUCUUUGCUGGGUCGUCACUGCGGUAUCCUGCAUACUUUGUCAAAUACAGGCUGACACGGUGAAUCUGUUUCCCUCAUUCGCAUGGUGGUCGAUCGUUUACAGUUUUUUCCUGAUCGCCGGAAUUUUUUAUUUGACAGGAAGUGAUGGGCUUGCGAGAUAUCAAGUCGCGAUUGCUGGGUAUCUCGGGGCAGGAAUAGUGCUGGUCACAUCUUCCGUGAAUUCGUUAGCAUAUUCACCUAGUGGUGCUAGAGUCGCUGCCACUGUAGGAUUCAUAGUGCUUUCUAUGGUCAUGAUUAUAUGGCUACUAUACUUUGGUUCGGAGCAGUCUUCCAAACCGCGACAGCUUGUAGACUCUCUCUCUGACAUAUCUUCUUCAAUAAGAACUGAGAAGAGGGCAGAACCGUUGCCAAGCUCUCCGAAAACCCAUCAAGAAUGGCCGUACACGGCGACAGCCUUAUACUCUUACGAUGGCAACCCCAAGGACCCAAAAGAGAUCUCAUUUACUAGAGGAGAGAUUUUGGAUGUAUCUAAUAUUUGCGGGGCGUGGUGGCCAGUGAAGAAAACUUCAGGAGAGGAAGGCAUCGCACCAAGUAGUUAUCUCGUGCUGAGAUAG